AAGAGAGAGAGAGAGAGAGAGAGAGAGAGAGACGACCGUCCGGUAUCCACACGGUUCGCCAGUCCUUAUGUCCGGAAGUCGUUGUUGACGGGGGCAAGAGAAUGGUCAGUCGCCCCGCGUAUUUUCUCCUCUUCUUGUCAUUUCAAUCCCUAGCAAUAGCGAUACCGAUAGCACCAUUUAAUGCUUCCGAGGCCCCCCUCUCUUCUUCUUCACAGUCCGAUGAAUCCUCCCACGAGACCACCUCCCCUUCGUCUCAUUUCUUAAAGGAUGUAUUGAAGUCGAUUUCGUUGAAGCAGAGCUGGGAUUUGGACGAAAUUAGGGUUUCCAAUUUGGAUGUUGGAAAGGUAAGGAUUGGGAGUGCUCAGAGAUAUGAAUUUCGGCUCCGAUUGGGGAAGAGUGACCUUGUAUUCAAAUUUUUCGAUGAGGUGCAUUCGUGGAGAAAAAUUAGAAAAAGAGGUGAAUUUAAAUCCUUGGUCAGUAAAGCUAGUUCGGAGACUGUGCUCAAGGGAUUCAAGUUGGAGGGACCGUUUGAAAUAAGAGUUGACGGUGAUGACGAUCUUUCGUUGGUAUUGCCGAUGAACACGACGCAUAAUGGUUUGAAACGAGUUCUAGUUGGCGAAGGCAUUACAGUUGGGGUAGAAGGAGCUCAGGAAGUAUCCCUUUUCCACACUCGUCCCAGAUUGCCCCUUAAUGGAAGUUCGGAGAUGAAUCAGCAUAGAAGUCAAUUUUGGCCCUUGAGUCACUCAUUGUGCAUGCCACUACUUCCUAUACACAUUUUGGGGUCUGCAUCACUUGUUGCAUACAGAACUCAUAACCCCAGUGCCUACAUUGAAAUUGCUUUCCCUUCCCAGGACAUGAUUGAGUUGUUGCCGGAGAAGUGUUAUGACAAAUAUUACUACAAGAAGCGGGCCUGCCCAAUUGACUCCAUGACUCCAAGGUUAGCUGUACUCGAAUCACUCAUGAGGACCUUGCUAGGUGACAAAAUUCGGAGUGAGGCUUCAGGUUUCCUCAAAGCCAAGGUUAUAGCAUCAACAGUAGUCAGUUUCCGAUUGGAACUUGAAAGAGAUGUAAAGGACAACGACAAAGUCUUGGGUACCUUAGCAGAAUGGAGAACGAAGGCUACAGUUGAACGGGCUUGGUUUGAGGUAGAGGCAAGAGUGGGAGCAGUGAGGUUAAAGCCGCUUGUGGUUAAAAAAGUGAGGCCUUUCAUUGCUGCAGAUUCUGCCGCAUGGAGUAAUCUAAUGUCAAAUAUUUCCUUUACAAAGUUCCCAUCUCUCCUUGUCCCUCCAGAGGCACUAACACUAGAUGUGAAGUGGUAAGAGGAAAUACUUGUUUUAUUAUGCUGGAAACAGUUACUGCGAUAUGAGAGUCUCAUUGGCUACUUUUGUGUCAUUUGUAAAGUAACAUUGCAUUUAGGCAGUUGUGCAUGUAAAUAAAAUCUUCAAUUUGUCAAUUA